ACUUUAAGGAAAUCCCUGCACAAAUACAAGCCAGUUGUCAUUGAGAAUACCACAGAGAAAAUAUGGAACAGAUUCACUUUUCUCUUUUGUCUUUGUUUCUGUGUUUUCUUUUGAAGGAUGUAAAGUCUCAAAGCGAGAACGGGACAAUUAUCGUUGAGCUGAAUGUAUUUUCUGGUCGUCCCAAUCCAGUUGCUCGUAUGAUAAAACGCCCAAUACAGCGACUGUUAGCCUCCAACAAUCAAUGGAGAGGAUCAAUUUUAAAUGAGGGUCUUGGUUAUCGGGGAUUCACCAUUUAUGAUAUGGAUAACGCUACAGAGACUAAAGUCGUUGCAGGAGGGUCAGACAUUUCAAUUGAAAAUCAACUACUAGAAUGGAGUAAUAUACCUAGAGACGUCAAGUUGCAUUGUCACGAAAGGAUUCGCGGGGCUUAUGUUUCCAAGAUGAACAAUAGGAAUCAGACUAAUCGAUGCGAACAAGUGUCUUCAGAAACGACCUUCGAACCUUUAAAGUGGAAUAGCAAUAGAUUUGUUCGGCGUUGGAAUAACUGCUAUAACUAUGGAAAUGAUAUAAUAACAAAUACAUUUGCCCAACCAGGAAGAGCAAACAACUACCGCAUACAAACAAUGGAUGGACCAUCAGUUCAGUUCGGAGCUGAGCUGGAUGGAUUGAUACGCAUAGAUGCACCAACAUCAUGCGUCCCAGAACCUAAUGGAAACCUUGUGGCUUUGGUUAUUUGGCCUGGUAAUGACUAUCACUUUUUCAGACUUGAUGAAAACGGCCUUUUCUCUCACAAACCUGGUCGAACUGAUGCUAGGAAUAUCGACAACUCGGGUCAAUUAAUAUCGGAUCCAAGAACAGCUGAUCGGGGACCGUAUACGGUGUUUCAGUGUUUUAUGGAAACUGAACCUGAUGUCGUAUACAUACAAUAAAGAAAAUAAUG